AUGAUUUCCAAAAAUACGUUUCCUAUUCUCUUUACAUUUUUCUCUAACACUUUCUCUUACAUAUUCACCAUAAUCAACAACUGCCCUCAUACCAUAUGGCCUGGUACACUUGCUGGUUCAGGGAGCCCUAAACUAUCAUCGACUGGAUUCCAGUUGGACUCGGGCCAAAGUGUCAGACUAACCACGGUACCAGGAUGGUCAGGACGAAUAUGGGCAAGGACAGGUUGCAAAUUUGACGUCACAGGAGCUGGCAAAUGCCUAACUGGUGACUGUGGGGGAAAACUGGAAUGUGAUGGAAAUGGUGCUGCACCUCCUACCUCACUGUUUGAGAUAACACUCGAUAGAGCCAAUGGACAAGAUUUCUACGAUGUCAGCAUGGUAGAUGGCUACAAUUUGUCGUUACUGGCUCUACCACGAGGUGUAUCUGGUGGAGCCUGUAAUGCUACAGGAUGCGUGACUGAUGUCAACAGAGGUUGUCCUAGAGAACUUCAAGUGCUUGGUGAAGAAGGAAACCAGCGUGGUGUAGUAGGGUGCAGAAGUGCUUGUGAGGCAUUCAAGUCGGAUCGGUACUGCAGCGCUGGACAAUAUGCUAACCCAAAGAGUUGCCAGCCUACAUUUUAUUCAACUAUCUUCAAGAAGGCCUGUCCUAGAGCUUAUAGUUAUGCAUUUGAUGAUGGAACCAGCACUUUCACUUGCAAAGCUAGUGAAUAUGAGAUUGUUUUUUGUCCCUACAGGAUGAAAAACCAAAAUCAUACACCACCACCUAGACAUCCCAAGCUGUUUCUAAGACACGAACAUUAUUGAUAUGGAAUGACAAGAAACUCCAGGAGUGCUUCUUAAAAGAGGGAGAAAAGAAUCCCUGCUCGUGAGAUUGAAAUGAAC